AUGAAGUUUGGUAAACAUCUGGAGACCAGACAACUGGCGCUGCCAGAAUACAAUGGCCAUUUCAUCGACUACAAGGCUCUCAAAAAGCUGAUCAAGCAAUUAUCCGCACCCAGUUAUGAUAUCGAACUGACAGACACCAACGGCAACUUGAACAACAGCGAUGGCAACGGUGAUGUCGAAGCUAACGCCGGCGUGGACGAGUCGCGCAUUUACCAAACGCUUCAAGAACACAAGGCGUCGUUUUUUUUCAAGCUCGAAAGAGAGCUUGAAAAGGUCAAUGAAUACUAUCUCGAGAAGGCAUCGGAUUUGCGCAUCAAAUUCGACAUUCUGCAUUCCAGGUACCAGGACUGCGUCAAACGCGGCAAACUCUUGUCAAAAGCCACCGUCUCAUACAAGCAUCUGCGCGACGGCAGCAAGAGAUUUGAACGCGACCUGGCGCAUCUGGAACAGUUUGUGGAGCUCAACAGAACUGGGUUUUCGAAAGUGCUUAAAAAGUGGGACAAAAGGUCCCAUUCUCACACCAAAGAUUUUUAUCUGGCAACCGUGGUAUCAGUGCAGCCUGUGUUUACACAGAACGAAGCCUCAAAACUGAAUGACGCUGUCUCUUUAAUCCUCAUGGAGCUUGACGAAAUCAGCACCCAAGAUGAUUCAUUUUCAUAUUCGGCACCAUUUGUGUCGAAAUCGUUCUCCAAGCUCUCAAGUCUAGAGAAUAGUUCCACUUCUCAAAUUGCGACAUACUUCUCACUCCCAGCGCGAAACGCUGACGAGCUAGCGGAUGAUCCUCUCGAUAUUGGAAUGGAAAUUGAAACUUGGUAUUUGGAAGUAUUGAAUAUAGCAAAACUGAAAGAUGACGAGCCUCGCAUAAGACUGUUGCGCCAAUUUGCGACGGAGAAGAUUCAGCGUUUUGUCGAAGGACAUGUGGCCAGGGACCGAAUCGACAAGGAACUCAUUGUGAGAGAUGCUUUGACCAAAAUAUUCUUUUUACUGGUUAGCAGUGCUAUCAGUGACGAUUCUUUGCACGUAUAUCAGAAGGCUGCCGAGCCGAGUAUCGACUUAUCGUACACCGAAGAAGAUGACGUUGUGUUUUCUAAACGUAACAUAUUCCACGAGGCAGCUCUUUGUGAACUGCAACCGAGAAACUUCAUCUUACGGGAAGCCCUCGACCAAGCUUGUCAAUCGAGUUUGUUGCAAGACGUCAUGCGGAAAUUACUAAAUGCCCAAGAUGCCAACGGUAGUACACCCUUGCAUUAUGCGUGCAACUUGGGGAAGGAAGAAUUUGUCAGACUUCUGGUUAACUCUUCCCUUUUAGAUUCAGUUGACACGUUAGAUAAUGAUUCCAAGACUCCAUUGGUCUUAGCCGUUAGUAAAAACUGCACUGAGAUUACAAGAUUAUUACUAUCGAACGCCAAUGCUAAUGCAUGUCCAACUAUGGGCUCUUCCAAUAAGCCUCAAUCGGCUCCUUUAAACGUUGCAUGUGCGCACAAAAACUAUGAAGCUGCAAAACUGAUAUUAGAAUUCAGCACUACCGACUUUUCCGGCCUGCGUGACUCACAAGGCCGGUGCCCUCUGCAUAUUGUGGCCAAAAAUGGCGGCGACUCUAGAAUGAUAGGGUUGCUGGUGUCUUAUGGUGCUGACCCCAACGGUGUUGAUGGGUUUAAUGGCUGGACGCCGAUCUUUUAUGCUGUACAGGAGGGCCAUCGUAAUACGGUGGAAGACUUGUUGAAGAGCGGUGCUCGUAUUGACAUAGCCGAUGAUGAUAAUUUGUCGCCCUUUUUUUACGCACUAUGGGAAGGACACUUGAGCGUUGUCAAUCUUCUACAGGGCUACAGAAUCGAGGAAUCUGAAGGUCCAAAGGUGAUGCCUAGCCCUAUUAGAUCCAACCUCGAGCCUGCUGAUACCUUGAGUUUGGAGGAUUCUUUGCACGGCAUACCAGACUUUACGUUGCCACCACCUAUUAUCCCAUUGAGGAAGUACGGUCAUAACUUUCUGGAGAAGAAGAUUUUCAUUCAAAUAAGUUUUAAGCCAGGUACGUCUUCGAUUGUACUUAACAAAGAAGACGAAAUGGUGUUGUCCUCUCCUGGCCGUGUUACCUUGACUUCGAACGUAUCAGACAUUAUUCCAAGAAAUGUAAUUCUACCAUCGGAUGACGACGACGAGAAUUUUGUGGUUUUCCAAAUCGACUCGUUAGAAGACUUCUCGAUGGACUUUGAAAUCUACCCAUCUUUCGGUACCAGAAUGAUCGCCAAGACCACAGCAGUUCCGAGCCUUUUCAGAAAAUUUCAAAAUGAUCCAUUUGAAAAGGGCAAUUUUGUGUUACCGCUUUUUGACGGACGUAUGAAGAAUGUUGGUGAAUUGAACCUCGACUACAGACUUGUCUUCCCCUACAGUGGGAGACCUCUAGAGAUCACCAAAUAUGAAACUUACUGGAAAUCCACAAGAAGCAACGAGCCAGGAAAAAGUGGAAAUCAGUUCAUUACAUCCUCGUCAUUAUCAGGAAGAUAUACAAACUUUUUCAUAACAACCUUGAAUGACGGAACACUAAUAGUGGCGCCCAAUAAAACCAUCACUGUUGGUCCAAUGAAAUUACGGCUUCUGGACCUUGAUGCAAAUCAAUUAGAAGAACUGAUCGGCUACUCUUUGGAAUGUAAAUUGGAAGAGUCAGAGCACCUCACGUUUGAGCAAUUGUCGAGAGAGAGGUUCACAACCCUCGAUGCGUUGUUGAAGCAGGCACCUGCCAACUCCAAAUUGGAAAUCGAAGUUUGCUUCCCCACGGAGUGCGAAUUCGACAGUAUUCCCCUGAAGUUGUCACCUCAUGUAAACAUUAACAGCUUCAUUGACAAGGUAUUAACAUCCUUGUUUACCCAUGUUCGCCAAAGGUUUCACAAUGGUUUGACAUCCUCGGUGUUUUUUACGUCUCGAAACCCUGAAGUAUGCUCGAUUCUCAAUUGGAAACAACCAAAUUUCCCAGUUUUAUUCUACAUGAACGGGUUGAGAAAAGAAAAUGGAAUACUAGUGAAAGACACACCACAUCAUUUGGCACACCUUUCGUUGAAUUCAGACACUGUAAUGUUUUCGGAUCCUUGCUCUCGAAGCAUUCGUGAAGUUGUUCAAUUUGCCUCCUACAAUAAUUUGCUUGGUAUAAUCGUUCCAUUAGACUUGCUGCGUGCCAGUCAACAGUUGAUAGGCGAGAUAAGGUCGCAUGGGUUGUUGUUAAUCGGCUCGCUAUUCGAAGGACAAGGUGCCUCAAUUGAUCUGGCCGAAGAAGAUAUUAAUGGCGUUAGGGAUCACGAUAGUUUGAUAUUCAAGGGAAACAUCGACAUGUAG